AUGAGCCAAUUAACAAGUGACUUUGAAAAGGCUAAAAAAUACAGAAAGAAAGGAGAAAGGACCUCAAAUUUCGAAUCAACAGAUGAUGAAGAGUUAAGACCAAGAAGGCGAAAAAAAAGAAUUUACGAUAGUCAAUCAGAUGGAGCUGAAUCUGAUGAGGAUAAGGACAUGGAAUGUCCAGAGUUGCCACGCCUUCCAAGUCCAUGCUCAUCAUUCCAAUCAGGAAUGUUCUUUGAGUUUGGAGGGGCAGUUAGAAGGGCUGAGUGGCUGAGAGAGAACCCUGUAGGGCAUUUGAAGGAGUUUCCUCGCCUAUUUGAUACACCUGGCAUGGUUGAAUUGGAUUUUCGCGCUAUAUUUCCAGAUGUGUCGGACAAAGUGUGUAUGUUGUGGACACCAGUGUAUGCAGGGGAGGUACUGAAGUAUGCCACUUUACAAGGCGGAAAUUGGCAAACCUACUUAAACGUUAAGGAAUCAACAUUAACCUCAGAUGGUAAGAAAGUCAAUGUAUCAUUGGGACUUUUGCCUUGUAUUCUGCCACCUGGAAGAAAAGCCAAGAAGAGGGCAAGUGUUGAUGAGUCAUUGGCCUCCUACAUAGAUGUUAAACCAGAACCAUAUACCAGAGAUAUAGCAAUGUCUGAAAACAGUUCCAUUUCAUCAGAUGAAGAGAAUGAAUCAGAAUUCCUUACUCCAACCAAACGGAAUUUACGAAAACCAAACCGAGUUCUAAAUUGUCCACCACCAGUAACAGUAGCACAUCUAGCAGCAGCCUAAGCGAA